AUGGCGGCUUAUCAGGUGAAGGUAAAAUACGGAGACGAAAGGUUUUGCACUUUCUUAAUCAAGGAUAUCACUUUUGUCAAGCUUAUGCAGGAGAUAAAACGCAACUGCUCGCCACUCGCUCACUUUCCUGCUUCAAACAUUCGUGUAUGUUAUCGCGACGAAGACGGUGAUAUGAUCAAUUUAUGGGACGAUUCAAGUGGAUUUUCUUUUGGAGAAAUGCUGAGGAGUGCCAAAGAAGUAAAAGAACUGGAUGAUAAAAAAAUAUUCCUACAAGCAAGUGAAAUAGAUUCACUGCUACCCCAUAAAAUGAGACGAACCGACCUGGGAAUGCCGAGUUCGGAAGCUGACAACGAACGUCGCUGCCACCGAAGCAUUUGUCUUUGA